CAAUUACUGAGAAGCUUGCGUAUCCAUUCAAAAUGCCCACGUGUGUUUCAAAAAGAGGCGUAGACUCUAGCCCGUGGCUAAGCAAUCCUACAAAGUUGGCGACUGCAACUCUGAUAGUUGAGUAUCUCAGUCCAGCAUUGAUCUCUCAUACAUAGCGCAUUUAUUCUUCAGUGGUUUAAUUGGCUUUGUCUCAGAGUUCUGCAAUCAGUAAGAGCAAUUCAGCCUUGUACCACCAUCUCAGCCCUACCUACCCCACCUCAUCCUCUGCCCACCAUCCUCGACGUCUGAUCAUACAAUCAGCCCAAGUCUCCACUCCACCACCGCAUCAGAACUCAAAAAGAGCCUCCAAUCUCAACCUUGACCUCAUUCAGACUUACUUACCUCACCACACCGCCCACCAUGGCAGCCCAAGGACAAAAGUUCUCCUUCAUGCGCACGAUCAACAACGCCGUCCCCAACUUCGCCCGCGACGACCCCAACGACGUAGACCUCAAGCCAGCCCAGGCUGACGCCCUCCUCACGUACCAACUCGCACUCCCGCACCCCAGAUAUCUUGGCGAGAACGCCUUUCUCGUUGCCGGGUUAGUAGGCUCUGAGUCUCUAUCCAAGAAAGUCUACAGAGCCCUUGUGAAACAUAAGAUCAUCUCGCCGUACCCGGGCGUGGAGAAAGAAAGGAAGGGAAGCGUGAGUUCGAUGUUGAGUUUUGGGAACGAUAGGGCGUCGAGUUCGAUUGAGGCGGGAAGCGGCGUGGGCGGGGAGCAGAUGACUGUCAAUACGGCGGGGAUUGGGAAAAGGUUUGCGAGCCAGCUUGCUGUGAUCAGUGUACAUGCACAGAGGAAAUUGGUUGGGAUGCUAUUCUUCUGGGAAGAGGAGUGUAUGAGGUGGAAACUAUUGGAUGAGGAAGAGAAGGAGAUUUUGAGAGCCGUCGAGCAGGAAGGGAAUGAGAAUAGGGAUUUGAAUGUUGCGCUUGAGGCGGUGGAGAUGAAGAAGAAGAUGUUGCCGAGCAAGAGAGCGGAAGCUGUGGCUAACGUUAGUGAGGGUCAGGGGCACACUCUACCGAGAUAUUCUUGAUUCCUUUCCACCGAUUUAAGAAGUAGGGGAAACAGCUAGCUGUGCUCUGAGUUUGAGGGUCUGGUGCUGGGCGAGUUGAACGUCUUAUUGCCAUGUUCUUUCUUAGGUGUUAUGUUGAUCGGGCACGUUCAGAGAUACCAAGGUCACGGUUGAACUCUUAUUAUUUACAGCUACUAUUGCUCCUAUCCAAUCAAUAAUAAUCAACAAUUAUUCAC